CAUACUAUAUGGAGGUGAUUGGAAAACAAGAUUAGCUUGUAAGGAAAGUAAAUGGCAGAUGCUGACUGAUUCUACAAGGAGUCCAGGAGAUGCAACUGUAGGGAAAAGUGCUUUAGCUGAAAUCUUCCAUAGCGAUGGGGCUCAUUUUCUGAAGAACUACACUAUGACCACAGGAGUUGAAAUGGUCACAAAAGUAGUUAAUAUUCCAGAAACUGCUGAUGCUGUGGAAAUAUUUAUUUUUGAUUCAGCAGGAAAAGAAAUUUUCUAUGGCACUCUUGAAAAACUGUGGGAGUUUCCUUCAUUGCUUUGCCUCGUGUACGAUAUCACAAGUGAAAAAUCCUUUAAGAGCUGUGCCAAGUGGUUAGAGAGGGCACGAGCUGCAGCUCAUGGCAUGCAGCUUCCAGGAGUACUAAUUGGAAACAAAACCGACCUUGCUGAACGGCGUGCUGUGGAAUUCAAAGAAGCACAGGAGUGGGCAAUGAAACAAGGCUUGGAUUACUUUGAGACAUCAGCUAAAGAGAUGGACAAUUAUGGUGCUCCCUUCCACAAGCUGGCUCAUUCUUUUCACCAGAUGUAUCAAGAAAGGGUAGAAUUAAUCCAGUCAAUCAUGUAGGUGUCACAGAACUGCUUGAAAGGACAUCUUCAUAAAACUGACAAUACACCAUUAAUACAGAAACAUGUAAAUGUGUGUCUUGCAUCAAUGUCACGGCCCAUGUUGCAUACCUGUUAACCCAUGGCUUGAUACGCAGCUUUUCAGGCUAAUAUAAUUAAUUAGCUUUAAUUUACAAAAAAGUUCAUCAUUACUAUGAAAUAAAACUGGAUUCCCAGUCA